AUCAGCCAGCGAGUCUUCUCGCUUUCUAGGUCGACUUUUCACUUCUUCUCCUCAAAUUUUUUGAUCAGGAGCGAUAAUUAGUGCUUCCCGUCAGAUUUUCACAUAUCGCAAGCCAUCCUAAUGUGACGUGAUUUGUUUUUUUGUGUCGGAAAAAGUCAAUUUAACCGGUGUCGGUGACCACCAACCUGCGAAGCUCUGGUGAUCCCCUCUCAAAAUAUCGGCCUAGUUCUCUCCUAAUCUUCAUUACAUUUCGUUUUCAGUACAUAAAAAUUACUUAUUUAUUGAUUUUUACUCUCCAUCCCUUUUCUUCAUGCCUAAUGAUUUCUGAUGCAUGGAGCGUAAUCCCAGCAGGUGGGAAGUAGCCUUUGCUGGGAGCCUAUCGACAGUCAUAUGCCGUAUUUCUGUUUCAAUUUUAGAAGUAGUCUCCUUGUGACCACAACCAGCCACACCAAGGCUUCAUUCUACAAUGGAGCGGAAGAUAAAGCUCAAAUCGCUGAAUGAGUACAUCACAUGCAAAAUUUGUCAGGGUUAUCUGGUGGACGCAACCACUGUGACGGAAUGCCUGCACACUUUUUGUAAGAGCUGUCUUGUGAAGCACUUGGAAGAAAAUAACACCUGCCCACAAUGCCAGAUCGUGAUCCAUCAGUCUCACCCACUUCAGUAUAUCAGCUUCGAUCGAACUAUGCAAGAUAUCGUCUAUAAACUAGUUCCUCAGUUGCAGAAAAAUGAAUUGAAACGAGAGCAAGAAUUUUACAGAAUCCGUGGUCUUCCAUGUCCCAAAGAUCUACUUCCAAAUGGUACUGAACUUGAACCAGAGAAACCAGUUGUAGAGCAAGUAGCUGAAGCAGACUUCCACCGAAUGGAUGAACAGGUCAAUGUCGGCUUAGAAUGCACAGCAACCAAUUUGAAAUCUUUGAAACGGAAGUACCUUAGGCUCUCUUCUCAAGCUACAGUUACACAUUUGAAGAAAUUCAUAGCAAAGAAAGUGCUGGAUGGAAUGGAAAAGUAUCGUGAUAUUGAUAUUUUGUGUAAUGAUGAAUUACUAGGAAAGGAUCAUACUUUGAAAUUUGUGUAUGUUACCCGCUGGAGGUUUCGUGACCCACCACUACGCUUGCAGUAUCGUCCUAGAAUUGACCUUUAAUCUCCAUAUGUGCUCUCCUGUCGAAGAAGAAAGUAGAAUCUUAAUUUUUUUCAUUUUUUAAUAGAAUCAAUCAUUGUCAACCCCUCGAAAGCAAUGAAUCAGUAAACUGCGAAUGGAUUGAAUUACACUGUCACAUGUAAUUUCUUCAAAAUUUCUGUCAGCAAGCAAUGCACACGGAGUUAAUUUUGAGAAUCAACUUCUCAUAUCGAUGUUCACCUUCACAUUUGACAUCAGUUUUUUCUGCCUAAGUACCUUCAUAUCUUAUCAAUGGUUGAUUGUCAAACUUCCUGGUGUGAGGGUAGUUAUUACUGUACAAGAAAUUUUAGAAGGGAACAUGUACAUAAUACAGUGUAUCUUUACUUUCUCUACUACUGGAAUUUCGUUAUAGGAUGUUUCUUUUUGAAUGGGUCAGUUACGCUGGUCACAGAAUUGUGGUUUGAUGCUUGAUUGUUGUAGAUUGGGUAAAAAUAAUUAGAUAUGUCGAAACCGCAACUUUCUACGUUCAAUAUUAACUGUGGUAUCGCCCUUUGAAAAGUCAGAUUUUUGACGUCAUUCACUGCGGUAGUGACACCCUUGGUUUCCUCCACCUUGCUUUCAACCGAGUGUCAUGGUGAUGAUCAUCUAUAAGAAUCGAGCAUCAAAACACGAUUCUGUGAGUAGCGCAACUGGCCCAUUGAGAGAUCUUUUAAGGUACGUUAGUUAGAGAGACAUAACAGCAAGUAGAAAUUAUUAUGUAUUCAGAAUAUAAAGAUUUUAGCUAACUCUGUUCAUUUUAUUCUUAAGUUAGUGAAAUUUGGGUUUUUCCGGAGUGCUCACACAGCUGGCACUCAAAAUUGCAAGCAACAGAGUUGCCACAUUCAGGGAAUACCAGGAAAUGUCAGGGAAUUUUUAAAAGUCAGGGAAAACCUGGAAAUGUCUGGGAAAAUGAUGAAAAUAUCAGGGAAAGAGGCUUGAGUCACUUUUUCUUUGUUUUCUAAGAAAGGCUUGACGUUUUGAACAUCUAAUUCGCCUGAAAAUCAUCUGUAAUUAUGUCAUUUUCACCAUCUGGCAUAUCUUCAAUUGUCAGGGAAUUUCACCAAAAUGUGUCAGGGAAUUUCAUCUUCUAAAUUCUGCGGCAACCCUGAAGCAAUUUCAAGAGGAGGCAGGGUGCUAACUGUUUAUGAUGUGCCAAGACCAGCUACACUCUUUCAUGCCAGAAGUUUCUUGUGUUUUUGUGGUAUUAUAAUUCUUUUAGCACUAUGCCACUAAAUUUUGAAAUGAGUAGGAGGCAAAUCAUCAUGCGUCUGGCUUAAGGGUGUAUCUUCAUUUUUAUGUCAGCCCUGUUGUCUAUAUAACAUGCUUCCGCGGCUAACAAGGAAAUGAAGACACACCCUCACAAUAGACGAGCAACGAAAUAUGUGACAAUUACAACAAGUCAGCAUUCAUCAAAAAUUGUUUUGCUAUCUAUUUUCUAGUUCAAAUUUCCAAACAUGGUUUUGCUAGCAAACUUGGGAGCCAACAUCGUAAAUUCAGCCUCUGCUGUUUAUGUUUCUUGAGAAUUCUUGUGAUAGGUAAGAAAAAAAGGCAAAUUUAAGAAAUGCAAUAAAUGUUGCAAAAAUUGUCUGUAUUACUGGAGGCUGAUAUGUAUUUCCUUUUAUUGCGUACUUUUGAAAUGUAAAGUAAUGUAAUAUACUUUCCUACUUUCUAGUUUAAGUAAUUCAAUUAGUGCAAUUGUAUAGUUUAUGCAAGUCAGUAGUCGAUACUUAGGAGUCCAGAUUUUUUUUUGAUCAUGCUAAGUUCGAGUUGUCAAAGUAAAAAUUAGCGAACUUUUUCUCUUUUUAACCAUUGAAUUUUUUGGUUUGUAUUUUAUCUGUUAUUCCAUGCCUCAGGAAACAAAGAAAGAAAAUGAAGAAUGAAACUUUCUGGUUAAGUGUUCGUACGAAAAAAAAAUGUCCUGCAGGUAUUUAGCAGUAUAACACAAUACCUAGUUAAUUCACACUUUCGUUUAUAAAUAGGAAGUUGCUGGGGUAUCAUAUGUGAUACAUCUUUUUACCAUUAUUGAUCGUUGUGUUGAGGCAUAUGUAUCAGUGAUAAAAUGGUCCAAACAUUGGAAUUGCUGAAAUAAUCUGGUUUCCAAUGUCGUAUUUUAGUUUUUAUCUGAAACCUCUUAGGGUGGAGAUAAAUGAAUCAGUGAGGAUGAAAACACACCAACUCGGAAAAAUGAAAGUGUUCAAGAGACCAAAAAAAAAAAAAAGAAAAGAAAAAGAGUGUUAUUUUCCGUAGCUUUUAUGGAAACUGGGCAUCUUCAAUGAAAUUGUGGCUUUUUUAAGUUUCCGAGUUGGUAUGUUUUUUUUCUCACAGAUUCAACUUUGACAUAUUUUUUUGUUUCUUAGUUCGAUUUUUUCAAUUUUUUAUCCUUAAAUGUGUUUGCAUUCUUCUUGUUAAUCGAAUCUGUCAAAAAUGGUGUUUUUGAAUAUUGUUAGAGUAACUAAUCAUUGAGGGGAAAAAAUAAUCAUUGUGAUGAAGGUAACGUGCAAUUUUUAGCAUGUUUUUUUAAUACUAAGAUUUCAGUGUACAACUAAAAAUAUUGAGCUCAAAAUUGAUUUAUGUGUUCCUGGCCAAUGAUAGCUUGGGACGGUAGUUAUAGUUAACCAGCAUGUUUCCCAUUCAUCUCUUGCAAGUCCAUUUGUCCUUUAAAAAUUGUCCUGUCAUUUCCUGACAGUCUAUUCAAAUCAAUAUAAUUUAUUUCCCAAAGUAAUUACCACCUAAGCAUGUUUUUUCUACUCGGUAGUAAGUUGAAUCAUUGAAAUAUCUAUGUUUUUUCUGAUGAAUCUCUGUUUUUUACAGACAUUAAUGCAAUUUUUCAUGUUUUAAGAUGGACUCCCAUGCGAGUAGACUAACCCAAUUGUUCCUAACGGACAAAAUCUAAUCUGCCUCCUUACAAUGAUCACUAGAAGUACAUAACUCUACAUGUUUUUUUUUUUUUUUUUUUUUCUUGUCUCCACUUACUGAAGAUUUGCAUUUUGCCUGUCACGUGCUAUCUUUGUCUAUUAUGUCUGCAAUAAGUUUUGACUGCUAUCUCUAGUAGCAGCCCAUGAGCCCCAACAAAAUCUGUAGGCCGAUUGCUGAAACUAUUUCUUGCUUUGUCCUCAAAAUAUGACGAGACUUAGUUGUAUCUGUACCAUCAAUUUUUGUUGUCUUGACUCUGAUGCCACAAGUUUCAAUGAUCAGCCUGCUGCUCUGAGUAUGUUUAAGUCCAUAGAUGGGGACACAUGAUGUCUGAAGAAAGCGAAUUCCUUCUUGAAAGAAUUGUACAUCUUUCCUCAUGAUUUUGGAAAUUUUUCACAACCUCAGUUUCAAUGUUUUAACAAAUUAAGAUAGAAUUCAUCAAACUCUAGUGCGACAUUUUAGGUGAAACAAAUAAUUGUACUUGUUUUUUCAAGUGUGAUCAGAAGUUACUGAGAUCAUUAUGCUGUUCUGGCUGUUGAUGGCUAACAAACAAUACCGCCUAUCUGCAAACUGACGAUUUCGCAGAAGAAGAGAAAUUUUCGCCACUCUUGUAAUUUUAAGGUUGGCUUUGUAAUUUUUUCAUACAAUACAGCAUUAUUGAAGCGCUCCUCCACAGAACAGGAAAAAAAUUAAAAUCAUCAGCUUGCAUAUUUUUUACUGUAGAAGGCGGCAAAGUCGCUAACUCAUUUUUGCUAAAAUUGUCAGUUAGCGGUAUUGGCUGUUGGUCCUCGCUUUUCUUUAGCACUUUUAUUAAUGUUUUAUCUCUUCUUUUUUUUACUUUUUAUGCUGCGUCUGUUUGCCGUCCAUUGAUGGACGAUUGGCAGAUGAAUUAUUUUGAAAUAAGCAUGAAUAUUGAAAUGUUUUCCUCUGUUGCUUUUAUUGUAAUUUUUACUUUAAGAAAUGUGAGGAAAGUGUUAUUAAUCCUUUCUAGGCUGUGAUUAAAUUUACAUGAAGAAUUUA